GCUGCUAGCCAGGUCACGGGCUCGGGUGGAGCGGGAGCAGGAGGAGCAGCGGGUUCUCCCUCUCGUUCUCGACUUUCACCCUAGUGUGCAGCAGGUUCGCUGGGGCGCGCUGCUGGAGUUUCCCACAGGUGCACCGGCUUUCGAGCAGCUGUCUCACUACAGGGCACCCUUCGUGUCCUACAGGGCACCGCCGUCACUGCGUCGCGUUCUGGUUCGAGCGGCGUUCAGGUGACUGUGUCGCGUGUCGCCUUCAGCCGUCACCCUAGAGUUCAGCACCGGUCUUUCGUUGGUAGUGGCUCCAGGGUUGGUCCUCUGCCGUCUCCCCGCCCUUCCUCCUUGAUUCGCUACACAGGUUGGGCCCUGGAGGCAGCACUCUCUUUCACUGGCUGCAGUGUGUUCCUUUGAGUUGGGCCUUUGCAGCAGCACCGUCCCCCGUCCGGUCUCUUUGUUUGCGCUACACAGACCGGGCCUUGGGACGCACACCAGCCCCCCGCCUGGCCUCCUUGAUUCCUUUUACACAGGCCAGGCCCUGGGGCGGUGCGAGCGCCCCCGGCUGCUCUUUCCUUAUUCUUGGGGGUUUAGCACUGGGAUAUGCACUUGCACACUUGUACCACUCCCCAUCCCAGACCUUUAUGAGUACUUGGGAUGCCUACCUCUUCUUUGCACGGGGUCUUGGGGUUUGGAUCCAUGCGCAUCUUGUAUAUUCCCCGCUCCUGGCCAUAUGAGCACAGGAGCGCCUUCCUCCUCUUGCAUAUCAUUGGGGGGGGUUUGCAUUUAGGGGCCUUGAUGCACGUGGCACUUGUACUCGACACGCCCCCGACCUUUAUGAGUUCGAGGGGGCACUGCACAUAGUGGGCAGUCAGACCUCGAGCGGGUUCUUGGGGCCCUGAGGUCGGGUACUAGUCGGGCUCUGUUCCGUGAUGACUUCAUCACGUAGGGCUGUUGAAGAGCUCUCCGACGAGCCUUCACACGUCCCGAACGGAGCACCGAGCGCAUAGUUAUGCGCAUUUUUCUGUUUCUGCUACUCGGAUUCGUGCGAAUCCGUGAAGCGACAUAGUAGCUACCGGGGCUAUUCUAGAAAGCUCCGGUUUUCGCCGCCCGGCCAUGGCUGAUGGGUUCCAUAUCAUAUAUGGGACCAUAAGCCCCGUAGGGGCUGGAGGCCAUCCGCGCCGUCGGAUUUGCCAUCCGGUGCCCGGAUUGGGAGAUAUGGGCGCCUAGGAUGAUGGUCCCUGACAGGGUGCCACUUGGCACCUUGCAGGGCUAGUUUUGAGCCUAGGUGGCGCUUGCCCCACAAGGCAUUCUGUGACAUUGGGUAGGGAUUGCUCGAGUAGGGAACUCUUGCUAGGGUAGGAAAUGUCUUGCUGAUGAUGCCUUCACGGGCGAAAUCGAUACGAGACGGCUUCUACCUUCACUUGAGGGUUCGCCUCGCUUUAGUCACCCUUUUCGCUAGCGACUCUGGAGUCCGGAGCAGCACUGCAGCUCAGUUCUUUGAGCCCUUCUUUUCAAACCCUAAACCUUUCGCACUGACGCCGGUGCUGGAGGCUGGCGGAGUCGAGGUAGACCCUUAGGUUUUUCGGUCAGUACAUCCUAGUUCUACUAUGAGUGGGCUCGGUGCGAGCGCAGCGGCGGGGGCAGUCGGAGGAGCAGCCGCCGGUGCAGCCGCGGGGUUGGGGGUAGAUAUGGACGUCUCGCCGGCUCCAGCUACAGUCGCCGACAUCAGAGACGGUUUUCGGCGGCAGCGUAGACGGACCGACACGGACGAGGACAGGCAGGAGCAGUUUGCACUAGAGCAGGAGACGGAGUGGAGGCGGACCUUGCAGCGCGAGCUGCAGCUCUCGAGUCUGGAGGGGGGUGUCCUCGAGAGCAGGACCGUCAUCGAGGGUUGGGUUAGCAGGGUUAGGGCUACGGCUGAGGAGGCGCGUGUGGCUCACGAGCAGGCUGUUGCAGAGGCAGCGGCGCUACAGGCAGCACGUGAGCAGUUUAGACAGGAGACAGAGCAGCAGCAGCAGCAGCAGCAGCAGCAGCAGCAGCAGCAGCAGCAGCAGCAGCAGCAGCAGACGCAGCAGCAGCCACAGCAGCAGUCGCAGCAGCCGUUUGAGACUGAGGCAGAGGUUCUGGCCACUGCACUGCGCGUAGUCUUCAAGACCGAGCGGGGUCUGGUUAAGACUCGCAGGCAGUUCUUCGAGGGGAGGGUAGCAGCCAGCUUCAAGAAGAGCUUCGUUCCGCAGCUGCAUCUUCACACUCCAGAGGUGCAGGCACAGGCUAACACGAGGCUUAGGGAGCUGGAGCAGCAGGUGCUGGGUCAGAUGCAGCUGAUUUUGAUCCAGGGGCAGAUGGAUGACUUGACUCACCUCCAGAGGCAGGUAUCCACCUGGCGCGGCAGGCUUGUGGAGGCGGUAGACGACCUUGUAGCCACAGCUUGCAGCGUGGGCUUUCUUGCGCAGCAGUUUGCAGCAGAGUCUUCUCGCCCUGCUGUUUGGCAGAGCAUCCAGACUCUACGGGGACGGUGUCACGCCGCUGUCGCUGACGCGCUUCUGCGGGUGGGGCUGGAGCACCAGCGGUACGUCCACCAGGAGACCACCAGGAUCGACAGGCAGCAGGCGCAGCGGACGGCCCAGCAGGAGCGGCGAGCACAGGCAGAGGGUGCGCCGGUAGACGAGGUCAUGGGGGAAUUUGUCCCUCGUGAGGUCGAGAGACAGGUCGGCGCUUGGCAGGACGAGCAGAGGGAGGCCUGGCGUCGGUUUUCUGAGCGUCUAGACCGUCUUGAGGGUCGUCGACAGGGGCAGCAGACGCAGCAGCAGCGGGGUAGGACCCGUGCUAGGGAGCCGACGGGAGAUGGCCGCCUCGAGUCCAUCUCCCCUGUUCGCAGCCGUCCACAGCCAGCCACAGCGGCGGCACAGACUGCAGGUGCCCAGGCGGCAGCCACCGCAGCUGCUACAGCGGCCCAGCAGCGCCCGGGACAGCGACAGACGCAGACCCAGGGGCAGCAGCAGGGUACAGGACAGGGGCAGCAGCAGGGUGCGGCACAGGGGCAGCAGCAGCGGCAGCAGCAGCAGCAGCAGCCGCAGCAGCAGGCAGCAGUUCCUUCAGCAGCCGUUUUACGGGACUCCGGCGUGGCAGCAGCCACAGCACCGCCCGGGCCCAGUGUUUCCACAGGACCAUCUGCCGCAGCAGCCCCAGGGGCAGCAGCAGACGGGGCAGCAGCAGCAGCAGCAGACGGGCCAGUAGAGGCAGACACAGGGGACGGGGUUGGUAGCCGAGGGAGGCACAGACCACGUAGGAGGCUAGAGGAGUCGGACAGGGAGCGUCUGCUUCGACGGUUUGCCAGGCGCAGUGUGCAAGAGGUCGCGGACAAGCUAACUAACGUGGCUGUCCACAACCUCUCGCGCAGGCGUCUGACAGAGGAUGAGCUUACAGGCCUUGCUCUUGGCCUUAAGUUCAUCCCUACGCCCCCUCCUCUUGACCGAGGGCGGCUGAGUCAGGCUGUGGAGCAGUAUCAGCGGCGGGUUAGGCUAGCGUGGCAGUUUCGGGACAGCCGCAGACCGGUGCCUAGGUUUCGGGUCCCACGACCUAGUUGGCAGCCGGACCCGGGGCCACCAGAGGUCGAGGAGUAUCUUGCUGAGGUAGCUGACAGGGUGGAGGGGCUGGCGGGUCUUAUAGGAGGGCCCGCUCGGCCCAACAUCAGCAGCCGCGUUAGGGGUGCACUCCUGGGGUUGAGUCGUGACCGGUCUGUUGUCAUCAAACCGGCGGACAAAAACCUUGGGAUCGUGGUACUGGAUAGGGACUGGUACGAGGGGGAGGCGCUGAGGCAGUUGGGGGACAGGGCAGUCUACGAGCCGGUUGCUGCGGUGCCGCUACGUUCCCUUUGGCAGCAGCUGUGUAGGUGGGCAGAGCAGGCGCGUUACGCAGGGGUUCCGCCACAGGUGCUGGACUACAUCUUGCAGCCGCGUACUCCGCCGACGGGGGUGUCUGCCGGGGUCUGGGAGCAGUUUCGGGUGUGCAGAUUUUACCUACUACCGAAACUGCACAAGACCCCGGUGGCUGGCAGACCCAUCUGCUCGUCUACGCUUUGGGUCUUUGAGCACGCGUCGGCGGUUCUUGAUCACCACCUCCGCCCCCUCCUACAGUUCUCACCCGCACACCUUCCUGACUCGCUCGCACUUCUUCACCAGCUUCAGGACCUCUCUGUGCCUGCUGACGCUCUCUUCCUCACUUACGACGUAGAGAGCCUCUACCCGUCGAUUCCUAUCGACGCAGGUAUCAGCUGCAUAGAGAGGUGGUUGUUUCGGCUGGUAGGGUUGGGUAGGGUGGCGGUGCGGGUAGCAGACGCGUUGGUGCAGCUGUUGGGGUUAGUCAUGAGACAGAACCACCUCGAGUUUGGUGGUCGCUUCUGGCGACAGGUUCGGGGUACUGCCAUGGGCACGCCUGUGGCGGUGAUCUACGCGGUUCUGUUCAUGGCUUGGUUAGACGAGAGGCUGUUAGAGACCGAGCCAGAGUUGUCGCAGUUCGUCCUUCUCCACCGCAGGUUUAUAGACGACGGGGUGGUUAUUUGGACGGGUACACGUGAGCGGCUCCUGGACUGGGUGCGGGCUUUCGGUGGGUUGGAGCAGACUAUUCGGUUGACCCACGAGAUCUCGACCUCACACUUUACCUUGCUGGACAUUACGUUCAGCAAGGGGGAGCUUUGGCAGAGGACGGCUGUUCUGGACACUAGUACUUUCCAGAAGCCGCUUAACGUGUACCAGUACUUUCCUUUCUCCUCCGCGCACCCCUCUCACUGCAAGAGGGGCUUUAUUUUGGGAGAGUUGCAGCGGUACAUCCUGCGGGAGUCCAGCUUUAGGGGUUACUUGGGCAUCAGGGCAGCCUUUUACUCUCGGCUUCGGGCCAGAGGCUACCCUGAUGCCUUCUUGCAGCCGAUAUUCAGCAGCAUCUCCUACGCACGACGCCCGGAGCUGCUAGCCAGGUCACGGGCUCGGGUGGAGCGGGAGCAGGAGGAGCAGCGGGUUCUCCCUCUCGUUCUCGACUUUCACCCUAGUGUGCAGCAGGUUCGCUGGGGCGCGCUGCUGGAGUUUCCCACAGGUGCACCGGCUUUCGAGCAGCUGUCUCACUACAGGGCACCCUUCGUGUCCUACAGGGCACCGCCGUCACUGCGUCGCGUUCUGGUUCGAGCGGCGUUCAGGUGACUGUGUCGCGUGUCGCCUUCAGCCGUCACCCUAGAGUUCAGCACCGGUCUUUCGUUGGUAGUGGCUCCAGGGUUGGUCCUCUGCCGUCUCCCCGCCCUUCCUCCUUGAUUCGCUACACAGGUUGGGCCCUGGAGGCAGCACUCUCUUUCACUGGCUGCAGUGUGUUCCUUUGAGUUGGGCCUUUGCAGCAGCACCGUCCCCCGUCCGGUCUCUUUGUUUGCGCUACACAGACCGGGCCUUGGGACGCACACCAGCCCCCCGCCUGGCCUCCUUGAUUCCUUUUAC